GAUUUCCAUUACUCCUGUAGUCUAUCACAACAACUAACUAUGAGAACCACAUUAACCUUCUUCAAUACAAAACAUACACCGAGUUAACAUGUGUAUACUAUAUGUAUACAAACCGCCAUCUAAUGGCAACCUCUCCAGUUGGCCUAGCAUACCUACCGAACUAAACCCGCCGCUAGGCAAAUCUCAGAUGUGAGAGUCCUGGUCCGUGGUUUGUUCCGUAAUUUUCGGUUCCGAGUUGCUUAUAGGAAACUCGACCGCCACCUUCCGUUACUGCUAUUGUCCGGACAGCGCAUACACCGCAAGGGAUUUAUUACAAUGCCCGCGAUGACUUCCUACUUGAUUCGAAUGUUGUCCCGUCCCUUCGGAUCAGAACUUUGCCUGUUUCUUGCGCUCUCGGUACUCUCCUUAGUGGUUUGCAUUUUUGAGUCUAUGACAUACUCUGACGAUAUUGUCCGUGAAACACCUACUUCAACAACGGACUUCGACCUAAUCAAAAACUCGGAGGAUGGUGUUUUAGAGUAUUCUUCUCUUUUUGAAAUAAAGUCCGUGUUCGUUUCUUCAGUUUUAUGCCUCUUUAGCGGCAUUUUCCUGUUAAAUAAGCUUUCUUUCUUCAUCUUCUUCGGAAAGCUAUCUGAUACGGAACGCAUUCAUUUGUCUCGCAUGUUUUUCAAAUUUGUCCUCCUGCGUUUUGUUAUUUUGUCUGGAGCCAUAAGCGUUUCACGCCUGGUCAGCAUUUUCGGUUGGUUGGUGUGGUUUGGCUCUUUGAUGCUUCUACAUUCGUGUGCCCUGCUUAUUACUUCCCGUUGUGGCCAGUUCUCUGCUUCCUCCAGAAUUUCGGUCCGCGAGUGGUUCCGUAUCUCAUUCGCGCUUCUUUUCCUUGUUGUUGGCAACUGGUACCUUUUGAUCGGAGGGUUGACCCAUCGAUUCAUAUUAUCCGAGGUCAAUCCCUUAAACCAGUCAGAAAUUUCGAAAGAAGCACUCGGUCGUUAUGGCAGCAUUUGGAAAACUCCUACUGCUCUUGCGAUUUUAGCGGCUCGGAUCACAGGAAAAAAGGCUCAUUUUUAUGGCACGAUUGAUGUUGUGGCCUACAUAACUGCUGAAUCACUGCUUUUAUUCUGCCGAUCUGCUCGUCUGAUCAUCGGUUUACUCUUCCAAGCGUACGAUCGGUGGAGCCUUGUCAAUGGUCGCAGCUGGCCGCAGCAAGCCAACGUGCUCUAUUAUGUGGAGUUCAUACACAUUGUGUUCCUCUACGCAAUUGAAAUUCUCCACUAUCUUCACCUUCUCCUUUGGAGCCGAAUUUUUUCCAUAGCCAGCUUGAUAGUGUUUCUUCACAUACGUUGCACCUAUUCGCUGUUGGUGGACAGGAUACGUCGACACUUGUUUCACAGGCGGUUAUCGCGGUUUAUUAAGCUCAGUUUCAGCUACUGUGCUCUGGAUAAAUCAAAAGAGGUCAAAACGCCUGACUCCGAGGAUGCUGAAUGCAACACCACGGCCUCACUCGGUGGCACUCCAAAGGACGCCUUGGAAGUUUGCGCCAUAUGUUGGGAGCCAUUGGUCACUUGGAGACGUCUACCGUGUCGCCACGAUUUUCACGAAUAUUGUCUCCGAAGCUGGCUCGAGCAGAAUCCCACUUGUCCCACUUGUCGACGAGAUCUGGGAAUACCUCCAACUUUGCAGUCGAAUCCGAACCGCAACCUUCAACCCAAUCAGCUCGCUUUAGGCUUCUUGCUUCGAAAUUUUGUUCGCCCAAGACAGCGGGAAUUCAACCUACCACAGGCCGGUCAACCUAGCCCUGCUUCGAUGACAACAUCCGCUUCGGCUCCUCACGUGCUCGGUGUUCGUAACCGGGGUCUGUUUGCUGCUGCCGUUGGUUUGAACCUCGGUGUCAGUAUUGGGUCCGACCCUAUUGUCACUGCUGCCGCACAGACCGUCGCUAGAGAAACUGCUCCAGGGAGGUCAGUGGCCGGCGCCACAUUCCCAACUGUGUCGGAGGUAGCUGGUCCCUCCUCUUCAACUUCUCUUACCGUAGCCAGCCCUGCGGUUCAGUCUCAACAGUUACCCCGCACGGAUGCUGCCGUCCCAGAGGAUGCUGACCACGUUAGACGCCGUUCUUUCCACUUCGACGGUUCUCGCUACUUCUCAUGGCUUCCUUCUCUGCACGUGGAAUUGUCGGAGGUCAUCCGCGAAGUGUUCUCCACCAAUAUCCCAAAUCAACCCUUUUCCAACGUAACUGAAACGAACAACAACGAGCCCCAAUUCGCCGGCUUUCCAAUGGACCAACCGGACAGCGCGCACCCAUUUGACCCUGAGGCGCAUGAGCUGAUCCGCUUACCGCGGUACCUACGCGGUUACGCCCAGGAACUCACUACGGCAUUUCCCCAUAUCCCGCUGGCAGACAUUGUCGCUGAUCUCCUUCAGACAAGACAACCGGAGGUGACUGCAGACAACCUGAUUCAGCGUCCUCCUCCCCCGGCACCACCAUUGGAACAACAGUCGAACCUUGCUUCCCCAUCAUCAGUGUCGCCAUCGAUCGCGCCGCCCGAGACUAGUCGAAGUAUUGCCGAGGAAACUACUGCUGGUCCCACUGUGCGCCGCCGCACAUUGGAUGAUGGACAGCGCUCGUCUACCGACCUUGGCAGUGGGAAUGGGGAUAGCUACCUUCGCAACCGCCGACGAGAAAUGCUCGAGAGAGCAAGACAACGCUUUAUCGCAAGAAACAGUUGUCAUUCCUGAUCGCCAAACUUGCUUAACCUCAACAUUUAUUUGUCAUUAUCCUUUACUGUAUCGAACUACGUAACCAAUAACUGGCGAACCAACGGCUUUUCACCCACCCGCACACACACGUGACAUAAAUGUUUCUGUUUUAGACUGUGCGCUCAUUGAUACUGUCACCGUUGCGCCUAUUAACCACUGCCCAAGUCAAAUCCGCCUUCUCUGUCGUAAACAUACAGCUUCUACUAUUCACCUGUUUGUUUAGCGAUUUGCUCUCCUUCGUUUCUGUCUUCUUUUUUCCAACUUAGCAUGAUCCUGUUGGAUUCAUUCACCUCUAUCCACCAACUGGAGUUGUCUUGGUUACGCUCGUGCGCGCCACCAGUCACCGUCCACACUAGACUGUAGCUGAUCAUACUCUCUAUUCAUCGCUUUUUUCUGUUUUGGCACUUCUAGUUCGCGGGUAGUGAAAAAUGGAUAUGGAUUCAGUCAUUCGAGAAAGAGGGAGACUUAUCACAGCCCCAUUCAGUCGAACAGGUACUACAUAUUCUCAAAUGCACUUCCAUUGUUUCAUU